CUCUGUGAAUCAGAUUGAGUCUGGAAAACAGAGGCUACAUCCGACGUGUGAAAAUCGGAGGAAUGUUUUGUUUAGAGAGUAUCUCUUCUGCAACUAUUCGGAGUUCGGCAAUCAUGACCAAUUCUACUCAUCGAGUUGGUUUACUAAUUGUUGAGGGUGUUGAAAGAAAUGCCAAAGAUGUUGCCGACAGGAAAGAAAGAAUGAAGAAAAUUAUACAGAAACAUCCUUUGUUGUCUAACUGUAUCUUGACAGAUGAAUGUACUACUUGUGAAACUUCCAAGAUACAGGUCAAGUUAUGUGAAUGGUGUGAUUCACAAAAGUUUGAUGUUGUUUUCACAUUUGGUGGAGUGGAGCUCUCUCCCUUGGAUAUUGUACCAGAGGUAACUAGAGGAAUUAUAGAGAGAGAAGCACUGUAUUUAACUGUAGCCUUGAUCAAAAAGUUUUUAGAUAGUUCACCUCUUACAGUUUUAUCCAGAGGUAUUUGUGGUAUUAGAGGUUCCACUCUCAUCAUAAAUUUAACAAAUGAUUCCAAACAACUUGAGAAUUGUUUAGAUGUUAUAUGUCCUUGCCUUGAACAAAUUAUCCAAUCACUGAAGCAACCAGUAACACCUCAUAAAAUAGAAUUUAUAGACAACAGUUUACGAACUGAACAAACUGAGGCAGAAGAGCCAAAGGACUAUAGCUAUGGAUCACACAUUGAUAUCCCACCAGACAAGAGUCUUGUUGAAGAUUUUACAAAGGAACCAGAACAAAGCAUUUUGGAUCUCCAUGUAUUUGAAGAUGAUGGUCCAGAUGAGAUUGAGGAAAUACAAACCGAUGAAUUGGACAAAAUAGAAGAUAUAGUUCCUGUUAGUGAAAUUACUGCCUGUCAAGAAAUAUCCAAACCAGUUCCUCAAAAGUUAUGCCUUAAAAAAAUAUUAUCAAAAAGUCCAUAUCACACUCGCAAACAGUCAUUUAAAAAUAGCAUCAGAGCAGAUGCUGUAUCUUGUGACCUUAGUAAUUUACAUAAUGACAAUAAGGAUGAAAGCGAACCAGCCACAUGCAGGCAGUCAGAGAAGGAAACAUCUGAAAAUGAAGCAGUUACAAAAUUGGAGACUGGUACUAUAGUCUCUGAUGCUCCAAAUGAUAAAAGUGGGAAUAACAAACCUGAAAGUCUGCAACAAAGUUGUUCUGUUAAUGAAGAUGUGUAUCGAUUUGACAGUUAUUCUGAUUCUGAGGAAGAGGUAACAACCAAAGGCAAGAAAUUGUCCAGUAAAAAACGAGGAAAAAGUUUCAAAAAGGCUCGAAUAUAUCAUAAUUACGACCGUAAUAAAGAAAUCUGUUUUAUACCCGUUGGUGAAGCCAUGAUUGAUUUCCUUAAAUCUCAUCCAUCAAUCAAAGAUAUAUAUUUAAAUAAGGGAAAAAGACAUGUCAAAAAAAAUCUUGUUAUCCUCAAACGUCAAGAAUCUGCCAUCGAUAAAGCAUCAUGGGAGAGAAAAGGUCACAAAUUGGAGCGAAAUCGUUUUGAUGAUUAUUUCGAGGUAACAGAUGAAGGGGAGAAGAAGAAAGAAGAAAUAGGUCGCUGUCAAGCAAGAGAUGAAUAUGUGGUAAAUUGGUACGUGUGGUGUCCAGGUCAUGGAAAUUGUAUGAGAAAAUGUGGUGGAUAUGGCAAAUGUAAAGAAGGUUGCGGUGGGAUGGCCCAUAAACAAGAUCGGCACAACUGUUCAUUCCUUGUAAACUUCAAAAUAUUUCUCUCAGAUCUGACAAAAUGGCGAAUUCAGAUGACUGGAUGCCAUGUACCUGAUGAUUCUACAGUGCCGUGGGUACCACCUGAAGUUGCUCAUCAACGAAUGAACCAAAACACACGAGAUUUUAUCAUUUCACAGUUUGAGGCCAAAAACGUUUCAACGUCAAACGUACAAGAAGCUUUUAUAAAAGAGCAACAAAAUCCAUCCAGUACAGUUUUAUCGAAACGUAAAAUAUCUCGAGUUAUGUGGGGUUUAAAGAAACGAAAAUCUGACAGAAAAUCAUCAUCCAAACUGUCUGUCCCAUUAAAUACUUCUGUGGCUGGUCAGUCGGAGUCUACAGAAAAAAUAACAGUUAUUUCCAUUCCUUCCACUUGUCAAUCAAAUAAUAUUGCUCAAUCAUCCAGUCUUUCCAGUGUUUCAAAUGAUACAAACAUUCCUGCAACUGUUAAUCAGUCCUACAGUAUUAAAAUGGACCAACCAAAAGUAAUCAUAAUAAAUCAAGAUUUGCUAACACGUGUCACAGAUAGUGAUCCGUCUAAUAUUGAUGUUUCUGAGCUGAUUCAGAAUUCUGAGAUUCCAGAUGGUGAAAUGUCAAAUUCUGAUCUGAGAGCUGUUUUACUUUCACUUUAUAACCAACAAUAAAGAAACAUUAUUUUUAUAAAGCAAACCCCUUUUUUUCACUUUU